CUACUUUUUGAAGACUAUACUAUUACUUUUUACGAUGAGCAUGAAAUUGGUAGUUGUUGGCGACGGUGGGGCCGGUAAAACCAGCCUUCUCUUCAGCUAUGCCAGGGAUAGAUUUCUGACGGAUCACAUACCGACUGUUUUCGACACGUAUUCUGUGAUGGUUCUCCCAAAAGACAAACAACCGACUCAGUUGUAUUUGUACGACACGGCUGGACAGGAAGACUACGACCGUCUCAGACCCCUCUCCUAUCCAGGCACUGAUGUCUUCCUCGUGUGUUUCUCAGUCAAUUCGGCCACGUCUCUAGCCAACGUUCGUGAGGUCUGGGUCCCCGAGAUACGGCACUAUUGCCCCCACGCCCCGUUCCUCCUGGUUGGGCUAAAGACUGAUCUCCGAAAAAGUUCAAACCCGGAGGAGCGAGUUACCUACGAGAUGGCCAAGAAGGCAUCCCGACAUCUUGGGGCUGUGGGCUACUUCGAAUGUUCGGCGUUAACUCGCCAGGGAGUCCGGGAUGUAUUCGAACAGGCCACGUCGCAUAUUGUACGGGAGAGGGAAGCAAAUCGUCGGUGCAAAUGCUGGAGGCGACGCUGCUCCAAUAAUGUUGUCAGGAAAAUUUUAUGUUGCGUGAAACAUCGAAACAACAGCUGCAAGUUAAGAUCUAAUUCUGUCCGGUAGCACGCCUUCAAAACCUAUGGAACUGACUCGUCUCAAUGAGGUUUAACAUUAAUUUUGCACUUAUGUAUUUAUUAAGCAGAAAAAAGAACGACACUAUACAAAAGGCCUAAUUAUUGUUAAAAACAGAAUGCCCAGAUACACAGCCUGCAGUAACCAAUGCAGAGUGGGCGGGAGAUCCCCAACCCCAGCCCCCGCUGAAAACACCCAACUUUCCACUUCUUCGAAAAAAGGCACACAAGAAUGAUUUGAAUAUAACGUAUGGUAUAGUAUCCCUCCCCACCCAAAAUGACAAUGUCUGGUAAUGCCAAUGGCCUUCCAUAUUCUUCAAACAGUUAUGCAUAAACAAAUCUGUGGAAAUUUGGACUCAGAGGUCAUCAAAGUUGCAAGAGAAUAAUGAGAGAAAAAUAACAUUUUAAUUGAUUCUGUAAAUGAAAUUGAAUAUUCAGACAGGUGUGUCAAGCUGGGUGUGCCUCUUUUAAUCAACAGGGUUCAUUUCCUUUCAAUUACGUUUGUUAUUAAAUGUUUAAAUAUAACAAAUUUGACAUUGACACGGACACUCUAAUUCCCAUUAAUUGAUAGAAGAAUCGAAUCUGUUAAAUUUGUCCAUAUCAACAAGCUCGUUCCAAUGCUGCCCAUCAUUCUCUUUUUCACAGAUUCCCUAGAUUAUGGGACGAACUACCGGCCUGCAUUAAAGAUACAGUUAUCCAUAUUUUAUCCUCCUUCACAAAUUCUCUCAGAAAUCAUUAGUCCCUGGCCAGGAUGUCCCCUUGACCAAAACAGUUUAACUUUCUAGUUGCCUUGCCCAUCAAAUACCUUGCUGCUGUUUUUAUUCUCAAGUUUAUAGUGCCUUUUGCAUUAUAAUUAACUAGAAUCUCUCUUUUAAAGAAUUUGUAUUUUUAAUGCCCAUUAAGUGCUUUUAUAGUUUUAACUGCUUGUAUAGUUCUAUAUUUUUAUAUUGUA